GCCUCGUAGCGCCGCUGCAGCCGGGUCCCGCGGACAGAAAGCGGCGAGCCGGCUGAUAAAGGUAAAGCCCCUUUCUGCCUCUCAUUUUAUUCCUUCUCCCUUUACCUGAAGAGGGGGGUGGGGGGGGGGGGGACCGCUCGAAAAGGAAUACCAAACCCAGGAAGGAGUUGACAUGCCCUUUGCCGCUUGGUGCAGUCAGUGCGCUGAUCGCUGUCAGACGCGGACGAGGUAAAGGACCCGGAAUGGUGCAUUUAAAUAGUUCUUUUUAACGCGGAGGAAGCCUGUCCCGGCUUUCAAUCUGUUUUGGGAUUAUUUCCCGUGGGGUAAUAACGACAGUACAUGCCCGAUCGCGGAGCCGGAGCGACGUGGGGAAUGCAGAAGAGCGGGUGUUUGGCUGCAGGUGGAUGGCCAACCUGACGGUCCCAUCCGCGGCGUCGCUCCCGCUCAUCCAGAGCUGUUUAGACAAACUGAAAACAGAGAAAACCAGAUCAAGACACGCACACGAAACCCGAGCCAUGCUUCCAGGGGUCGGCGUGUUCGGCACCAGCCUGACCACCAGGGUGAUCAUCCCGCUGCUGAAGAACGAGGGCUUCGCCGUCAAAGCGCUGUGGGGCCGCACGCAGGAGGAGGCGGAGGAGCUGGCCAAGGAGAUGAACGUUCCGUUUUACACCAACCGGAUCGACGACGUGCUGCUGCAUCAGGAUGUGGAUCUGGUCUGCAUCAACCUGCCGCCGCCUCUGACGCGGCAGAUCGCAGUCAAAACGCUGGGUAUUGGAAAGAACGUCAUCUGCGACCGGACUGCAACGCCUCUGGAUGCCUUCCGAAUGAUGUCGGCGGCCCAGUACUACCCCAAGUUGCUGAGCAUUAUGGGGAAUGUGUUACGUUUCUUGCCUGCCUUUGUGCGAAUGAAGGAGCUGGUAGAGGAGGGCUACAUUGGUGAGCUUCUGGUCUGUGAGGCCCAGGUCCACAGCGGUAGUCUGUUGGGGAAAAAAUACAACUGGAGCUGCGAUGACCUGAUGGGAGGCGGGGGUCUGCAUUCGGUGGGCAGCUACAUCAUCGACCUGCUCACGUUUCUGACCGGUCAGCGUGCACUAAAGGUGCACGGCUUCCUCAAGACCUUUGUCAAACAAACGGAUCACAUUCGGGGCAUCCGUCAGAUCACCAGCGAUGACUUCUGCACGUUCCAGAUGGCACUGGAGGGGGGCGCCUGCUGCACCGUCACGCUCAACUUCAACGUUCCCGGGGAGUUUCGGCAGGAGGUGAUCGUCGUGGGGACCGUCGGGAGGUUGACGGUCACAGGGACCGACCUGUACGGACAGAAGAACAACGGGAGUGGAGGAAGCAGCGGCGGAGGACCUGAACUCCUGCUCAAAGACACCACACCUCUUGAGAAGAGCUCUUUACCGGAGAAGGCUUUCAGUGACAUUCCAUCCCCGUAUCUCACAGGAACCAUCCGCAUGAUCCAGGCUGUGCGGCAGGCCUUUCAGGACCAGGACGACAGGCGGACGUGGGACGGGAGGCCUCUGACAAUGGCCGCUACCUUUGAGGACUGUCUCUAUGCUCUUUGCGUGGUGGAUACCAUCAAGAAAUCUAACCAGAGCGGAGAGUGGCAGAACAUUGAGGUGAUGACUGAGGAACCUGAGAUCAGCCCGGCCUAUUUGAUCAGCGAGGCCAUGCGGCGGAGUAGGAUGUCACUCUACUGUUAGCAUCAGCUGAUGUGCUGACCCCUUAAAAAAUGGCUUUACUGGAGGCGGCACCGGAAAAGGCCUGGGUGUUGUUGAAAUGUUAUUCACACAGCUUCCGGGUUCAGCUCUUUAAUUCAACACCUGUUUAUUUAAAUACUGUCAAAAUUAUGUUGCUACUGUUACAGAAAGAGAGGCUACGCCACUAUGACACAGAGAGUUAUAGUUUCCUGAAACCCUGCCUCAGGAGUAGGGAAAAAGCAAUGUGACCAAUAAUCAAACCUUUAUUUAUAAGGAAACCUUUUUCUGUUUUUAUCCUUUUGACACAAGACUUGAGUCCUUCUUGGGAGACGCACUUGUAACUCAAACCGAUUCAUACAACAGAAAGAUAUAGUUCUACAGCGGAGGCAGAUCAGGGAAUAAAAACUAAUGCUACUGUGUUCGGCUCGACCAUAAGGGUAUCGCGCCUCUCAUCUCUGCUUCUGCUUCUCUGCUAUUUGACUGGGUCUGGAAGACAACACCUCACACUGUGGGUCCAAACGAGGACAGCCAAGGAAGAACGAUAGUCCUCUGGGUUGAAACGGUGCCGCUGUAUUGUUGCUGUAGUCCGAAGCACUCGCUAGUUUUACCAAGUGAAUGUUAAAAACAAAUCAGUAUGCUUGAUAGCUUCAGUCUCUGUCUGCUCUGUAUGCUUCCUCUAUGUGUGUGAGAAACAAAGAGAGAAAAGAAAUCAAUAGUUUGGCUGGUGGGUUUUUUAGAAGGGUUUACCUUCUGGUUUAUGUAUGCAAUAUAUCCAGGCUGUAGUCCGCAGCAGGAACACUUUAAUCUUCCAGCUUGGAGUUAAGGGUUAAAAUACACUAUGGUAUGCCUUUAUGCAAAUACAGUAACCUGUGUAUCCGUUUGCGAGUUCUGUAUAAGUGGCCAGUGCAGUGAUACUUUGUAGUGUCCGUUUCAAAGUGGGCCGAUUGCGUGGCCCCCCCGAAGCCCUGCUUGCAGCUAUCUCAAAAACUACUAACCCGAUCACCUUCACACUCGACACUGCCCUUCCGUGGAUCCUCAGCAAUACACCUGCCAAGUGUUAGGUUGAUUGGAUGAAUGUUUUUUUAGAUAAAUGGGCAGUCAUAUAGGGCUGGGCAAUACGGAGAAAAUCAAAUAUCACGAUAUCUUUGACCAAAUACCUUGAAAUCGAUACCGCAACGGUAUUGUAGUGUUGACUAUUGGUGCUUUUAACAAAAUAUUUACACAAUGAGAUUUUAUAAAUAAUCAUCAGUAAUGUGGAUAUAAUGACUCAGUUGGGUAAAGGCAAAUAAUAGAACCGUUACAACAGUCUGGUAAGUCCAGAAAAGGACAUCACUUUACUGUAAUGCAGCCUUUAAAACCAGGAAAAGACAACACUUAUGCCAUAUUACAACAUUACAAUAUCCAAAAAUGAAGAUAUUGAUAUGACAUUGAUAUAUUGCCCAGCUCUACAGUCAUAUCUGCAUACAUACAAAGAUAGAGAUUCCUUCCUUUGUAGUUAGAUGGUGCUAAGACAGCGCCACCUAUUGGCCAAAUGGCACCAGGUUUGUCAUGGCCGUUCAGAUAUCAUAUCUACAAACAUCCACUAAAUGUGGUGGCAAUCGCACAAAGCAUCCAGGAGAUAUGACAUUUUCUUUUAAUGUAAGCCCUGCCCACUGCAUUUGAGUAAAUGUUGGGGACCUGUAUGGAAUAUCACAAAUCCGACAAAGUAACUUUUUGUCUGGCUUGGUUUCAGAGAGGUUCAUUUGGUGACGAUUGCUAAAACUUUGUAGAAGGAGUAGAGAAAAAAAACAGAUGGCGGAAAAUCCUACAGAAUCCAGGGAAGGAAUAAUUUUGCUCCUGAGACUUCAGUUCAUAUUUUACUGGCCAAAACUUAAAGUUUGUUGUUAUAGCAUUUCCAAGUUGCACCACAUUAGACACUGCCCUCCAUUGGGUCCCCGGCAUUACCCGAGCCGAGUGUGUAUUAGACCGGAUGAACAGUCCUCGAGAUAUUCAAACAACACACUCACACAGAUUCAUCGCUUUACAGUUAGAUGCUGUUUCCAUUGUCGUGAAACAUGGCCAUGGAAUAGAUGGAAUUCUGUGUGGUGUGCUUAUGUCUGUACUGAGCCUUAACUGUGGAUACUAAUACAGUCUUGCACUAAGUUGCGAGUAAAUACCGAGCAACGUGGCUUUUUUUAAUUUUUUAAAUAAUUGAAUGAAAUGCAACGGGUUACACUUGCAUCGAGCUACCGCCAUUUAGCAUUUAGCAUGCUUUAUAAAGCUUCUUUAACGUGCACAGUGAAAUGCAGGUUUGUCAGUAUACAUCACAUGCCAGUUCAAUUUGGACCCACGGCCACAGUAAGACUGGAAACAUGCAGCUAACUGGGUAGCACAGUGGGGUUGAUAGUGGAGUAGAGGUGUUAAAUGUGAAGGCUGCUGUCAAGGUUUUUUUUUUUGGAAAUGUAAAUCUUUAAAGCUUCACCAAUCAAUAUUUGUUUUCAUUGGCAAUAGGUCGGAUGGCUAUGUGAUGAUGUGGGUUUAAUGUGUAAAGUGUCCCUAGUAGGAAUCAGCCUACAGAUUGUUAUCACCUGACAGUUCCCCACUCUACGUUGUGUUCUAGCCUAUUUCAGAUCAUUGUUUAGGUUCACUCUCAGUGCUCUAUAUAACCCUGUUUCCCGCCAUGGCAGAAAGUUGUAAUUCAUUUUUUUAGAUCAUUUUUUGGGCAUUUUCAGGCAUUUAUUUUGACAGGACAGCUGAAGACAUGAAAGGGGAGAGAGAGGGGAAUGACAUGCAGCAAAAGGCCGCAGGUCGGAGUCCAACCCGCGGCCGCUGCAUCCGAGGAGUAAACCUCUACAUGUCUACCAGUUGAGCUAACCCGCCACAGGCAGCUUUUUUAAACAAAAAAUGUCUGAUACACCCACGGGUGCUACUUUACAGCACCAUAGACUGACAAAAUUUAGCAGGAAAAACAGAGCUAAAAAAAGAAUGAAUGUUGGACUUACAACACAUUACUAACAUGUUAAAAACAGCUCACAAAUAUAUAAUGUCAUCUUUUUUUGUAAAGACUUAUUUCCCAAAACAAUUAAGUACUUUCAUUUUUUUGCUCAUGUUCCCCAUCAGGGGUGAAUAAAGCACAUGCUGGGGGGGGGCUAGUCCUUCCAGAAAAAGUUUUUUUUGUGAUUGUUGCAAGCAAAAAUCCUUGAUUAUGCGGCACGUUUUCUUAAAAAAUGCAAUGGAAUAUGCAGGAUAUUUAUGCAGUUUUAUGCAAUGAAAUUGCGGGAACCUGCAAAAAUUAUGGUUUG